CGGAGGUGGACACCAGUAUCUCCCCAGAGCGUCCUCCACUCCCAGUUCAUCCUCAGCUUGAAGAAGGGACAUCACGCUUGCGUUUGGCCAGGAUCCAGAAGAGCUGAGACAGAACUGAGUCUAGGUUGCGUGGAAGAAGAGUUCGGGAGAAAUCAUGGCCAGUUGUCGCCUGAAUUCCCAGUUUGAGGACCAGAGCCCCCAGUCCAGCUCUUCAGGGCUCCCCAUGGAGGUGAUCGUCAGUGAAGAAAUCCCAGGCUCCUCAGGUGAGGGAGCUGGGCACGAGAAGGAAUUUCUGGGGGUUAACACAGAGGUCAGGAAGGAGCUCCUGUAUAAGGUAUGGAAGGAAGGAGAUGUUCAGAAAACCGGAGACUUGGGGAGGAAAGGACAGGAGCUGGAGACACAGAAAACCUGGGAAGCAAGAAAGGAGCUUCAUAUCGUAGCCUCUUUUCCUUACUUAGCCCUCUGGGCCAGCUCCAGCUCCCUGCCUUGGCGCCCCGGCUCUAAGAGGAAGUGGUCAGCGGCAUUCGGAGCAGAGGCGGAGGACGAGGCCCAGGACAGCUGGAUCGUGAAGUCGCUGAGUGGGCUUAGGAUAAGGCUGAAGAAACAGCAGGUGCUCGUGGUGCUGCCUGAACACCACGUGGUCUUCAACAGGAUGCUUGAGGAUCAUGUCAUUAAGAGAUUCCUGGCCUGGGACAGAAACCUGAAGGUAUCCGACAAGUAUCUCCUGGCGAUGGUGAUCGCUUAUUUCAGCCGAGCUGGCCUCUUCUCCUGGCAAUACCAGAGGAUCCAUUUCUUCAUAGCUCUCUACCUGGCCAGUAAGAUGGAAGAGGACCACCACGCCCCCAAACAGAUCAUCUUUUCGUUCCUCUAUGGAAGGAACCACUCCCAGCGUCCCUUGUUCCACAAACUGCUUUUCCAAUUCAUCUGUUCCAUGAACUGGAAGAUGAGGGUCACCCAGGAAGAGUGUGAGAAGAUCCAAGCUAUUCACCCGAGACUCUGGGUGUGGGAUCGAGAUCGUGCCCUCUUGCCCUAGGGGGCCCCCCAGGACCACGAGGGCCUGAGAUCACCGGCCUGAGGAAAGAUCACCCAGAGAAGAUGCGGAUUUUCAAGAGAAAGUCAAUCCAGACACUGAUGACAGCCACAAGGAAGGACACGAGAAGCCUCUGUGCAGAUAAUGGGAAAGAACCCAGCAUCUUUUAGAAUGAACUGAAGAGAGUUUUCGGUCAUGCUCCUAGGAGCAGAGUGUGCUUCCAGGAAUCUUUGGCGGGACAAUAAGAAAUCAGGGUUUUUUUCAGGUUCUCUUCUUUCCUAAGGCACCACCCCAAUUUUCAGAUUAAUUCAAAUCUCCCCUGAGAUAGAUGUUGGAGGCCCCAUUUUUAUACACUUAUUUGCCCUAGUCUAGAUUCAUUUGAAGGUGAAAUGUAGGGGCUUGGAAUAGGAAGGAAUUACUUUAAAAUAUAAAAUUAGAGCCAUAGCAUCAUGAUAGAUGACUUAAAGUUUGCCAUCAUUAUCACUGGCUUAUUUUGAGAAUGUUGCCUAUAAAAUUAUUGUAUUUAUUUUUAUAUAUCUACUUUAAAUAACAUGUUUUGAAAACAUGUUAUUCCUACAGUUUUGUGAUGGAUAUUAUAGUUGUUGUGUAUAGGUAAAUACAAAUUUGUAUACAUUUUCAAGAGGUUUUUGUGUUUUUAAUCUAUUAUAUUUACAUAAUAUAUCGAUUCUACUUGUAGCUAGGUAGGUUAUUCCUCCUAAUUUUUGUAAACAUAAAUUUUAACUUCUAAAGUUCUUAUUAUUCAAUUGUGGAAAUUCAGCUGUAAUUUUUUUAAACUUGUCUUGAGAUGUUUGUAUGUAAUU